AAUCAAUCAUCAUUCAUGUGAACUUCUUCCGUAUCCAUACAAAAAAAACGAAAAUUUUUUGGAACAAUGCAGAACUUAACAUUUUUCUUUGCAUUAAUUUGCAUUUCACAAGUCAUUUUUGCUAAUCCAAUAAAUGAAACAUUAACUGCUUCAAACAAUGAUAAAAAAUCAGAAAAGGAUAUGAUGGAAACAGCAGGAAAUAAUGUUGUAUUUCGUCCGUUGUUUGUUUAUCGUCAGCAACAAGCGGCAAGAAGACGUGCUCGAGAACAUCGGCAACGGAGCCGAAGGGAUGCUAAUUCUGUAAAUGAAAAAAUAAUUGAAACAAAUAAUGAAAAAACUCCAGAAAAAGAAACGAUGGAAACAGCGGCAAAUAAUGUUGUAUUUCGGCCAUUAUUUGUUUAUCGGCAACAACAAGAGGCAAGAAGACGUGCUAGACAACAUCGACAACGAUGCCGAAGACAUGCAACCACACCAACUGAACUCCUUGACGAUAAUGAACCUUUACCAGUACUGCCAUUAUCAACGACGACAACCUCAAAAAUUAUUCCAUCAACUGAAAAAGUCGUUACAACGACAGUCAACCCCGAAAUAACGACUCCAAAAUCUGAUAGGAAAUCAAAAAAAGCCCAUGAUGGCAGUGAUUUAGACCAUCAUGAAUCUGGCUUGGUUUUUCGUCCAUUAUUUGUAUACAGACAACAACAAGCUGCACGGCGGCGAAUUGCAGCUGAACGUCGCAAUCAAGCAGAUAGACGAUAUUAUGAAUCUGUCCCAACUUACAAUUAUUAUCCAACAUAUAAGCCACCUUACUACAAACCUUAUAAACCAACAAAAAAGGACUGCCACGAUCCAAAUAAAGAAUUAUACAUUUGAAUCAAUAGAAAUAUGAAAUCGUUAAGGAAAAUAUGACAAUCUGAAUCUUUUUUUAAUAUAAUAAGGCUCUCUUUUUUUACACAACUUUUGGAAAC